GGUGCGCAGCGUCCACCGGCACACUCAUUACUUAGCGCCUUUUCGAAAAGUUUGCCAAGCUGGUACGAAGGAACUUGGCUGGGAGUUGCUGCCACAUCCCCCUUACAGUCCUGACCUCGCCCCCAGCAAUUUCCAUCUCUUCAGGCCAGUGAAGGCGUUCCUUGGGGGCGGCCACUUCAGCUGCGACGACGAGGUCAAGAAUGCGGUCCGAUCAUGGCUGCUACGCGCCGGAUACAAGAUGUGGCAUGCGUUCUUCGUUUCUGUUGUGACCCUAUUGCUUGCCAACGUGACUAACGUUGGGGCAACGCAACCGCAUUCGGGAAAUCUGCACUACUUCUGCGACCACCAUCAGUGCUGCCCUUCCGAAGAUUCACCAACGUGGAUGUUCUGUCCCAACCGAGAUAUUUCAGAAAUCCACCAAGUGUCUAUCUCUGGUAAAGUGGUAAUGCUCAACCUGCGCGAAAACCUCAUAAAAUCGUUGGACAACUCGUCCUUCGCCAACGCAUCUGGCCUUCAGGUUCUGGACCUUUCGUUUAACAAAAUCGACACGGUUGGUGCUUUCUCCUUUACAAGACUAACUCGUCUGACCGCGCUCUCUCUGGCACACAAUCGGUUGUGGAGUAUAAUGCGAGACACAUUCGCGGGACUCGAAAACCUUUUGAAGUUAGAUAUGGGUUACAACAGGAUUCAGUUAUUCUUUGGAGAUGACUUCGAACGCUUGACUAACCUGGACGAGCUCAUCCUUGAACACAAUCCUUUGAUUCACCUGGAUGCUGAAAGAUUCUUACAUGUCAAACGGCUUCGCUCCCUCAACCUAAAUAGCGUCGGCCUGCGUGCCUUGGAAAGGGACUUGCUAAGUAGCGUCCCCUGGCUUACGACUUUGGUCCUUUCGGGAAACGCGUUCGAGGAAAUUCCAUCUGUUGCAUUGGAAAACUUGAGUUUUCUGAAAACACUAGAUAUGAGCCGGAAUCCAGUGAAGGUGUUGCAACGGUCAAGCUUCCGUAAUCUUCCAUCACUGCGCACACUGAUCUUGAACGACCUAUACUCGCUGUCCAGCAUCGAUGCCUUUGCCUUUGGAGAAUUGCAGUCACUGAAAGAGCUUUACCUAAACUACAACUCGAAGCUGAAGCGGAUCGACGAUGUCGCGUUUAUUUCACCGCAUACAGGCGAGAUGGUCAGUCUUGAGGAGCUGCACCUGCGGCAGACUGCCUUGGAAUUGCUGUCACCACGGUUGAUCCAGUGGGAUAAAAUGGCUGUGGUUGAUCUCUCUGAAAACCCUUGGCAUUGUGAUUGCGGCCUUGCAUGGAUGUUGAAGUUGGGGCAGAAGAUAAAGGCAGAUCCACAUUUGAGAUGCAGGAGCCCAUCGCACCUGGAAGGGAGGCUCAUCCCAGAUAUGCAUCCGGAGGAAUUUAUCUGCAAGCCUCCACGGUGGUCGAUUCUUACGAUAUCGCUCAUGCUGGGCGGCAUUCUCGUGGCUAUGGCAUUUGUCGCACUGCUCAUCGUCACACGCCGCAGAAGAGCUGCCGUCAAGCAGAUGGCAUACAGGAGAGUUGAAAAUGACGUGGUAGAAGAAAAGGAGCUCUGACAUCAGCAGUCAGACAUGUUCAGAAUCGUUCAAAACUAGGCCACAAACUAA